UGGGCAUCCGCUGCACAGGGAAGCCAAGAGUCACAGUCUCCAGACUUCACACAGUUCUGAGAGCCCCGCAAGCGUACGCAAGCAUACAUUUGUCCAAACAAGACAAUGACGUAUGAAAACUUCCAGAACUUGGGGAGUGAGGUGAAAAACCAGGAGACUGGAAAAGGUGAGUGGCAAGAAGGGCCCGAGUCUCCCGAGUGCGCUCUGACUAUGUCUAUCAGAUUCUUCCUGUGGAAUGUCUUCUCGUGGACCCACCUCCUCCUCUUCUCCCUGGGCCUUGGCUUCCUGCUGCUGGUGGUUGUCGCUGUGAUUGGAUCCCAAAAUUCCCAGUUAAGGAGGGACCUAGGCACCCUGAGAGCCAGUUCAGAAAACCUCACCUCCUACAUGAAGGCUGAACUACAGGCCCUGAACUCCAAGGGUGACAGCUUGCAAGAAAGGAUCAGUUCUCUGAAAGUGGACGUGGACGAUCACAGGCAGGAACUGCUGGCAGGCCGAGACUUGAGCCAGAAGGUGACUUCUCUGGAGAGCACAGUGGAGAAAAAGGAACAGGCCCUGAAAACAGAUCUUUCUGAAAUGACGGAGCGUGUCCAACAGCUGGGGAAGGACUUGAAGGCCCUGUCGUGCCAGCUGGCCAACCUCAGGAACAAUGGCUCUAAAAGGACCUGCUGCCCCCUUCACUGGACAGAACACGAAGGCAGCUGCUACUGGUUCUCCAUAACUGGGAAGUCAUGGCCUGAGGCUGACAAGUACUGCCAGCUGGAAAAUGCUCACCUGGUGGUGGUCAACUCCAUGGAGGAGCAGAAAUUUAUCAAUGAACGCAGGGGCCUCGUGCCAAUCUGGAUGGGUCUAACAGACCAAAACGGACCCUGGAGAUGGGUGGAUGGGACUGACUUUGAGAAUGGCUUCAAGAAUUGGAAGCCACUACAGCCAGAUAAUUGGCAUGGCCACGGGCUGGGAGGAGGUGAGGACUGUGCCCACUUCUCUUACGAUGAUGGUCGCUGGAAUGAUGACGUCUGCCAGAGGAUUUACCGCUGGAUUUGUGAAUCAAAUCCGAGCAAAGGCAGCUAAGAGUCCCCUUCCCCAACCUAUAUCUUCAGUGCCAUAAGCCUCGGAUUUCUGGUACUGGUAAUCCCUCUGUCUUGGUAUCUCCACCAUCUUGAGGCACUUUUUUUCCAGGAUUUUAAGAGGCUAGGUAAAGGCUGGUAUCUGAAGAAUGUAGUGUUGUGUUUGGAAUGGUGUGAUUGUUGGAAUCCUUACACUGUGCUGUGUAUAGUGUACAGCCUAUUAUUGUCAAGGUUUUUUUUUUUAGUUAAAUAAAAAAG